AUGACGAAAUCAAAACGGAAUAUGAAGCCUAUUGAGAGAAUCGCCCGAGGAAUUGCGAUUUCUGGUUGCAAACUGAAGUUGCGGGCUAAGAAGGAUGCGUAUCGAUCAUGUCCGCAAUAUGGAGGAACAAAUAGUUUCUUUACUGUUGCUAUUCAUUAUGGAGGAUUCUUUGAUAUUGGGCCUAAAUACUCAGCAUAUUUAGGUGGGGAGAGUAUGGUAUUUGACUAUGUUGAUAAGAAUGAGAUUUCUUUAUCUGAUGUUAAGGGUUUGGCUAGAAUUAAAGGAUGCCCUAACCCUAUUGUUAUCUACACCAUUAUAUCUAGAAAACAUCGUUUGAUUACCACACAAACUCAAUUUGAGUCUGUUUUUGAAGAACUACGCAACAUGAGGGAAGUGUUCUUUUAUGUUGUAGGAUCUGUGUUAUCAGGUGCUGAAAGUGAGUUGGGAGAUGGAUCUGUGUUAGGUGCUCAAACUGGGUUUGGGGAUGGUGAUGGGUUAGGGGAUGAAACUGGUUUGGGGGAUGGUGUUGGGUUAGGGCCUGAAACUGGUUUGAGGGAUGGUGAGGAAUUAGGUGUUGAAACUGAGUUGAGGGAUGGUAAGGGAUUAUGUGCUGAAACUGGGUUGGGGGAUGGUGAUGGGCUAGAUGCUAAAACUGGGAUGGGAGAUGGUGAAGGGUUAUGUGCUAAAACUGGGAUGGGAGAUGGUGAAGGGUUAGGGGAUAAAACUGGGAUGGGAGAUGGUGAAGGGUUAGGGGAUAAAACUGGGAUGGGAGAUGGUGAAGGGGACCCAAUUUCAGAUUCAAGUUUAACAGACGUGAUUUUGCCUUCAGCUUCCAUUUUCCCUAUCUCAGUUGUGUCGUACCAUGAAAAAAAAGGGCAUCCCCCCGCUCCAUUCGGCCUCCAAUCUCUACAGCCAUAG